CGCCGCUCCCGCGGUUCCGCGCCCCUCGCGGAGCUCUCCCCUGAGGGGCCAUGGCGGGGCCUCGGGUGGUGGCCGUGGAAGCGCUGGUGCGGGAGCUGCUGAGGGGAGAGACGCCGUCCCGCAUUGCCGCCCUCACCGAGGAGCUGUUCGAGGCGGCGGAGAGCAUCUCUCAAGAGGAUGGGAAGUGGAAUUCUCCUCUUCAGGUUGAAGAGAGUGCAAUCAGCUUGUGGAACUGGACUGUGACCAAACACACGGGUGCUGUUAUCAGUGAUGAGCAAAGAGCCAAGUUGCGGUUUGUUGCUUGCAGACUGAUUUGCCUUUGUGAAGGCAGCGAUCCUCCAGAGGGAACUAUUCGAAGACAGAUUUUGAUGUCUAUGAAAACUGGGAAAGGAUGGAUAGAUAUUGGAAAAGCUGGUCUUGCAGAUGGAUUUCUAGAGAAUGCCAUGAGUAGUAUAGAAAAGCUGUAUGCGAAGUUACGGAAGGGGAGUGAGAGUGAAGCAGAUAUUCAAGUACACAGAGCUGAUGUGGAGAAGAGCCUUUUCAAAGUACUCUCUUACCAAGCUGAAUCAGCAGUUGCUCAAGGGGAUUUUCAGAAAGCAGUGACGUGCGUGCAGCGCUGCAAAGAUAUGUUGAUGAAAUUGCCAAAAGAAACCUGUUACCUGUCAAUCCUCUGUUACAAUUUUGGAGUGGAAACCUAUGAAUGGAAGAGGUAUGAACAGAGCUCCUUCUGGCUCAGCCAGAGUUAUGACAUUGGGAAGAUGGACAUGAAAUAUUCUGUUGGCAAAGAAAUGCAGGCUAAAGUGCUGCGAUUGUUAGCUACGACCUAUUUUGAGUGGGAUUGCAGUCUGUACCUAGACAAAGCAUUGAAAGCCAUAAGCUUGGCAAAUCAGGAGAAUUUGCAUCCAGCGGGGUUUUUUUUGAAAGUUAAAAUUCUUCUUAAGAGUGGAGCAUCAGAUGAAGAUAUCAACUCAGCUCUUGCAGAAUUCAUGCACCUUGAGAUGUCUUUAGACUUCUGUUUGAAUACUGCCAAACUGCUGCUGGAGCAUGGAAGGGAAUCAGUUGGUUUUGAUUUUCUGAAAUCUGUUCCUGAACGAUUUGAAUCUUCACCUGACCUUGGAAAAAUUACCCUGCUCCACAUCGAGUUCCUGUUGCAGAAUAAGAGGGAGCUGCUCGCUAAGCAAAAGAUUGAAGAAGUUAUUAUAGGUCAUUAUACUGGGAAACAGCUGUUGCCUGAAGCCUUGAAUCAGCUGCACAUCAUCUUGUGGGACAGAGCUGCCAAACAUUAUGAGGAGAAAAGCUAUUCUGAAGCCCUUCACUGGUACAAUUAUUCUGUCAGCUUCUAUACACCUGGGCAGAUAGAUCAGAACUUGGCUAAGCUGCAGAGGAACAUGGCUUCUUGCUAUCUUCAUCUGAAACAAGUUGACAAGGCUAAAGAGGCAGUUAAACAAGCAGAGAGGUGUGAUCCAAACAGCAUCUUUACUAAAUUCAGUGUCUAUAAGAUUGCAGUGAUGGAGAACAAUACUGAUAAAGCAAUGGAAGCAGUUAUUGAAAUGGGGAAGCUAGCAGAAAAGCCAUCAGAACAUGAAGACAAGCUGAGAGUGGAUAAAAAUACAGUCAGCAACCUCUUCAGUUUAGCUGCCCAAAUUGCUUUAGAGAAUGACCAGCAAAUUGUGGCUAUCAAAGCUUUGGAGUAUUUGUCUGAACAUUUACAAGACUGCCGACAAUUAUUUUCAGCCUUAAAAUGUUUGGUCCGUCUGAUGUUAUCAAAAGUCUUGGCAGAAAAUGCAGAGAAAAGAGAUGAAGAUAUCAACUCAAUGCUGACUUACUUGAACUUAGCUCACAAGAAACUUGCUGAGUCUUUUACCGAAGAGAAAUUUACAGGGGACAUGAAGAUCCUUGAAGCUCACUGGUUUAGAAAAGUUGCUUGGAACUUAGCUGUACAGUUCAAGGACAGCCCUGAAAAGAUGAGGGAUUUUUUUGUACUGUCUUUCAAGUUGUCCCAGUUUUGUCCCUCUGACAAAUCUGUUCUAAUUGCUCAGAAGACAUGCCUGUUAAUGGCAGCUGCAGUUGAUCUGGAAAUGGGAAGACAGCAAGUAACACCUUCAGAACAGACGGAGUUUUUUAGUCAGGCCCUUCAACAUCUUCAGACAUGCAAGGAGAUAUGGAAGGUGCUGAAAUUAACAGGAGAUUUUGCUAAAGACCCAACAGACACGUUGUUGCUGCUUUAUGAAUUUGAAGCAAGAUCCAAACUGAAUGACCCAACACUUCACAAUCUUAUGGAGUCAGUUUGGGAGCAACCACAAAUAGAGAUCAAGACACUUGAAAUCAUUGCAUCAUUAGCAAUGGAGUCUCCAGCUCGGUAUCCUGUACUGUGUAAGAAAGCUCUCAAGAGUGCACUAAACCUUCACAGAAAGCAGGCUGUCAUUGAUGCUGUGAAAUUUAGCAAGUGCUUACACAGUUUGAUUAACAUUUCUUUGCCGACUGGAUUGACAGACUUGGAUACCUGUGUUCUGCAGGAGGUGUGGGACUACUUUGAAGAUGCUCUGAGUGUAGUCAGCAGCACAGAUGCUUACCCAGAGAUGGAGAUCCUUUGGUUGAUGACAAGAGCCUGGAAUACAGGAAUAUUUCAGUAUACUGUUGGUAAAUACAAGGAAGCUGAGCAGUGGUGUGGAUUGGGAAUGCGUUUCCUCAAUCACUUAGGAUCUCUGAAGAAAAGCUAUGAAGGCCAUAUGGUUGGCCUUUAUAGUGAGGUUCUGGACAAGCUGGACAGAGCAAAAGGAUUUAUUCCAAAUGAAGAAUAA